AGCUGCUUUGAAGCGGAGUCGCUGUCGGGGCUGCGCGAUUGUCCCUCCUUCCCUCCCAGCUCCCCACUCGCGCCUCUAUCCCCACCCGUCCCACACCCCACGGCGAGGGGCAGGGCGGGGGGGGGGCAACCGGAGCCGCAGCCCCCUCCUCUCCUCCCCGCCCCCUUGCUCCGGCCUGGCUGCUUGGCUUCGAGCCCUUUGCCUCUGGCGGCUCAAGAACCUUCCUUGGUGGUGUCGGGGCCACGAAAUCGUUUGGCGAGGGGGUUUGGCAAGGGUCCUCUGACUUAAAAGAUUCUUGAGAUGCCUUGAUUGCAAGGGGUUGGGCUAGAUGACCCCUGGACUCCCUUGCAAUUCUGUCCUGAGGAGCCUGCCGGGUUCCCGACCCCCCAUCAUCCCUCGGGCUGGUGGAAGUUGGGGGUCCGUAGGCGUAGGCAGGGAGGGAGAUAGCUGCCUCCCAAGUCAAUAAAAAUCAAUUCAAAUAUUUAUCUGAGGUUUUCCACCACCUACCGGUAACAAAAGCCUGCCCGCCCAUCCCCCACCCCCAAAUCCUGGCCACACCCAUGUGGGGGUCCCGGCAACAUCUGGAGGGCUGCAAGGUUUAGCCACCUCUGCUGCAGUGGGUAUAUAGCUUUGAAAGCACACUACCCAGCCUGCAACGUUAGCUACAAAUGUGAUGGAAGACAGCAAGAGUGAAAAGGUCGCAGAUAUUAUUCGGCUUAAUGUUGGCGGGUGUAUAUACGCUGCUAGGCGUAAAUCUUUAUGCCGCUUUAAGGACUCAAUGCUAGCAUCUAUGUUCAGUGGACGAUUUCCUCUGAAAAUGGAUGACUCAGGAGCUUGUCUUAUUGAACGAGAUGGCAGUCUCUUUAAAUACCUCUUGGAUUAUCUUCACGGAGAGGUUCAGCUACCAGAAGAUGAGCAGACGCGAAUUGCAUUGCACGAAGAAGCUGAUUACUUUGGCAUUCCUUACCCUUACAAUCUUGCUGACCAUUUGGCCAAUGAAAUGGAAACCUAUUCUUUAAGAUCAAACACUGAACUCAAAAAGGCACUUCUAGAUUUUUGUGAGUCUUACGGCUUGAUAUGCACUAAACCUACGGUGUGGGUCUUACACUACCUCAACACUUCUGGUGCAAGUUGUGAGAGUAGAAUAAUAGGUGUGUAUGCCACAAGAGUGGAUGGAGAAGCAGCAAUUGAAAAGGAGCUGGGAGGAAGAAUACACAGCAAAAAUAUUUACAAGAGGGAAGCCGGAAACAAUGUCCAAUAUAUCUGGAGCUAUUAUUCAGGGUCCGAAUUGGAAAAGAUGAUGGAUGCAUUUGAGACUUGGGAAGGGAGAGGUGUCAGUUAUUGGCGAGUCCCGCAGGAACUGAUAGAAUGUUGGACUCUUGAGGAACGCCCUUUGAAAGGAAGUCUCCAAAGCAUGUCUCCAAUUCAUAGACGACAAUUAAUAGAUCUUUCUGAAGAAGAAGAAGAAAGUCACUUGAGCAGUAGAACAGGCCGAAAGCCAAUUCAGUUUUCUGGUCCAUCAACAAGUACUCGCAUCACAAUUAAGAAUUCUGCUUUUGUAAAGGUAGCAGUAUGCCCUACAUCUUCCCGUUCCCAGAAGACUCUUAAGCGACCUAGCAGAGACAGUUCGUUGCUGUGCAAAGACGUACCAAAACCAGCAGCACCCACACCAUUGAAUAAAAAUUCUCAAGAAUCUGUUAGGAGCACUGAAAAUGGGGCAGACUGUCACAGGACGCUAAAGGCCCCAUUCUUGAAGAAGCCUGCAACCAGUCGCGCGGUAAAACUCAAGCGGACUCCACUCUGCAAAGACCGGUUAACUCAACACACUUUCCAAGUGCUAAGUACGGUAGCUGAGCACCAAGUUCCAUCUGUUGCAGUUGGCUCUACUCCUGCUUCCCCAAACUUAGGCCAGGAGGAAUUUGGACACUCCGAGGAAAACGUUACUGCUAAGAAUCAUUUAUAGGAAGACCAUAAAUGUGACACAUUUGGGAGGGGGGAACAUUCACAUUUAUAAUCACAUUUAUAAUGAUUUUUCUCUGUGUGGCGAAAGAGGUAUAGGGAUGGCUUGUUCAGAAAUAUUGUGUGCUUUUUGUCGUUCAUUCAUUACAUUAUAUAAAUAAAAUUUGAGCUGCUCAGUCAUUGUAGAGUAGAGAUUGUUCCAGGCUUUGUGUAACACCUCACCCCCCUUUUUUUCUAAACCCCAAUUUUCCCACUCCAUAUAAUUUUUGUGUAACUUAAUUCUGCAUUUCUUUCCAUUUUGUGUAAUUUAUUCUACUUCUGCUCCUCCUGAAUGGCAUUAAAGGCCUACAGAGGUCAGUGAAAACUCCGUCCCCCCGGAAUUUUGUACUCUGCAAUUCUACUAGUUUCUCAGCAGGCAUUGUCCACAUUUUUUUCAAGCGUGUCUUUGUAGCUUUUUGGGCUAUAUGGCAUACCUUUUAAUUUGCACCACGGGAUCUUUCAGUAGACCUUGAAAAUUAGGCUACAUUUUGAGAACAAGCCUUGGGCUUGCAUACUGUCCCCCUUCUCUGGCACAACUAAGAAAAAACUGGAAAUCCUCUGCUUGUAUGCGAGUUGUCUUUUGAACUCUAAAAACUGUAGCUAAUGUUAGCUAGGCUUGGUUGAAACUUGCCAGUUCCAUGAACUAGGAUUUGAAAUUGGGUCCAUAGUUACAAUCAACUAGUGUGCCUGUGCUUGAAGAGCAUGACUAGUUGUAGUUAAUAUAAAACAAAAGCGAGAUUUUCAGAGUAUUUAGGCAUGUGUCAGAAGAGGAAGGAGGAAUGUGUUGGCCCAGGGCUUGCUGUAGCUUGUAUUUGUAAUACUAAGUUAUGACCAAUGUUUUGGUGUAGAUUAGGAGCUCAGAGCUAUGAACCAUGGUGUCUGGUUUGAAUUUCCACUCUUCUCUCAUCCUUAGUCCUCCACCUGCGAUACGAGGAUAAUAAUGUAGCCAUUCCUUGCAAGCUCAACGUGUAAAGAUUAUUGACAAAUCAGGAGCUGCUGCAUUAUUAAAAUCAACUUUGUGCCAUGCAUUCUGGUUUGAAAUCAAUGCAUUCAGUCAGAUGAGAGUACGCCUGCUGGAUUUUUAAAUUUAUUUUUUAAAAUCUGUGUUAAGAAAACUCUUGUCUACAGUAGCAGGAGAAAUCAACUUUCACAAAUUGGAAAAUGCUGAACCCUGGCAAUGUGAUGAAUGUGAUUAAAUUUCUAUUGAGCCAUUAACUUGAUUGAGAGUAGCUCAUCCUUCUUCUAGUGCUUAGUGUUUGGUUUGAAUUGAGUGCUCUGACCUCAUUUGUAACAUUAAAAUCCUUUUUAAGUG